AUGGCCACAGGUCUCCAGGUUCCCCUGCCGCAGCUGGCCACAGGACUGCUGCUUCUCCUCAGUGUCCAGCCCUGGGCUGAGAGUGGGAACGUGCUGGUGGUGCCCGCUGAUGGCAGCCACUGGCUCAGCAUACGGGAGGCCAUGCGGGAGCUCCAUGCCAGAGGCCACCAGGCGGUGGUCCUCAUCCCGGAGGUGAAUAUGCACAUCAAAGAAGAUAACUUUUUCACCCUGACAACCUAUGCCAUUUCAUGGACCCAGGACGAAUAUGAUCACCUUUUGCUGGGCCACAUUCAGUCAUUCUUCGAAACAGAACAUCUUCUGUUGAGAUUUUCUAGAAGAAUGGCAAUUAUGAACAAUAUGUCUUUGAUCAUACAUAGGUCUUGUGUGGAGCUACUGCAUAAUGAGGCCCUGAUCAGGCACCUGAAUGCUACUUCCUUUGAUGUAGUUUUAACAGACCCCUUUCACCUCUGUGGGGUGGUGCUGGCCAAGUACCUGUCGAUUCCUGCUGUUUUUUUUUUGAGGAACAUUCCAUGUGACUUAGCCUUUAAGGGCACACAGUGUCCAAACCCUUCCUCCUAUAUUCCUAAGUUAUUAACAACCAAUUCAGACCACAUGACAUUCCUGCAAAGGGUCAAGAACAUGCUCUAUCCUCUGGCCCUGUCCUACAUUUGCCAUGCUCUUUCUGCCCCUUAUGCAAGCCUUGCCUCUGAGCUUUUUCAGAGAGCUGUGUCAGUGGUGGAUCUUCUCAGCCAUGCGUCUGUGUGGCUGUUCCGAGGGGACUUUGUGAUGGACUACCCCAGGCCGAUCAUGCCCAACAUGGUCUUCAUUGGGGGCAUCAACUGUGCCUGA